AUGAAAUAGGAUAAAGAAAUGCCAUUUAAUGGUGAUUUUGAAGAUAGUGAUGCAGAUGAAGAUGAUAUUUCAUAAGAGUCUGAGAGUGAAGAAGAACAAAUAUAAAUAAAAAAGAAGAAGAAAAAAGUUGUAAAUUCUAGCAAGAAGUUAAUAAUGAAUGUUUCAGGUAUUCAAUUCAUAAUUAAAUAGAUACUUAGUAUCCUGUAGUUAAAUUUGUUGGAAAAAUGAUUUACAAAUUUAAAUUGUCUUAUGUUCCUUAUCUUGAAAACAAUAAUUGGGAUUUUUGUUGGACUGAUAAUGCUGUACUACCUGAAACACUCUCUAAAAUGCAACGUAUAGAUCUAAUUUUUAUGAUAAGCUCAUUAAAGAAUAAAUCAUUUUCCAGGUAUGUAUUCUUUGGCAAGAAAAAAUCAUCUUGGUCGUAAUCUCAAUAAAAUGCAAAAAUAAUAUCCAGAUGAAUAUGAUUUUUAUCCAAGAACUUGGAUGUUGCCAAGUGAAUAUGGUGAUUUUAAGGCUUAAUUCCAAAAGGGCAAAGCUAAAACAUUUAUUGUUAAACCAGAAGCAUCUUGUUAAGGGAAAGGUAAUCAAUUAAUUAAAUAUAUAAAAGGAAUAUUUUUAACUCGUUCUAUUGAUUAGAUUAAUCCUCAAGAACAUUAUGUUGCUUAAAGAUAUAUUCAUAAACCAUUAUUAAUAGAUGGAUUAAAAUUUGAUUUAAGAAUGUAUGUAAUGAUUUGUGGAUGUGAUCCAUUAAGAAUCUAUUUAUAUAAAGAAGGAUUAGCUCGUUUUGCUACUUAAUAAUAUUCAUCACCUCAUUCAACUAAUCUUGAUGAUGUUUGUAUGCAUUUGACUAAUUAUGCUAUAAAUAAAGACAAUCCAAAUUUUGUAUUUAAUGAAGAUGAAAAGAAGAUGGAUGUUGGACAUAAAAGAAGUAUGACUAGUGUUUUUGAUUGGUUAAGACUUUAAGUAAAUAUAAUAGCAUUUUAUAUAGAAAUAAAAUGUAGAUUAAUUAUUGAGUGAUAUCAAGGAUUUAAUUAUAAAAACAUUUUGUGCUGUUCAACCAAUAUUAUAAUAAAAUUAUACUUAAGUAGAAAAUUAUGCAAACAAUAUGUGUUUUGAAAUUCUUGGUUUUGAUAUUUUAAUUGAUAGUUCUCUUAAACCAUAUUUAUUAGAAGUCAAUCACACUCCUAGUUUUACAACUGAUACUCCUCUAGAUUCUUACAUUAAAAAAAAUCUAAUUAGAGAUGCAGUUACAUUAAUGAAUAUAAAUGUGAAAACAAAGAAUGAAAUCAUUUCAUAGAAGAAGGAUCAAAUGUAAAAAAGAGUCUUUACUGGAAAAAAGGCUAAAUUAUCAUAUGAAGAAAAAAGAGUCUUGAAAAUGUAAGCAUAGAAAGAAAGGGAUGAAUAUGAAUUAAAAAACAAAGGAGAUUUUGAAUUGAUAUAUCCGUGUGAUAAAUCAUAUGAUGAAUUCCUAUAACAUGCUUAGAAAUUAUAUGAAGACUGGACUGGAGCAAGUAUAAUAUAUUUUAAUGACUUAUUAGAUAUUAGAAGAAAUUUAAAAAGAGAUACUAUUUCUGAAUAGCCUAAACCAUAAUCUUGUACAUAGAAACCUAUACUUACAUAGAAAAGUUAAUUGUAUAAGCAUGUUUAAAGCAAAGUCAAUACUAAUUUAUAUCCUACUAAAAUUACUAAGGCUGAUUAAGAAGUCACUUAAGAAGAACCAGAGUAAACUUUGUAAUAAGUACGAGAACCUAUUUAAUCCUAACCCUAGCUUGAACCUGAUAAUUUUGUAACUUAUGAAGAUUAUCAAUAAUCAGAAUCAUUAAAAGACUUAUAUAAUUUUGCUGAAAAGAGAAUCCCAGAAAUAUAGCUUAUUGACUUAAUUUAAUUUAGAAGAGCAGAAAGCAAAUAAGAUAAUUCUAGUUUCUAGAUUAUUUAAAUGAGUCAAUAAAAUUCCUUAUCUAAUUUAUCUCCAUUAAUGUAAAUAAAAUCAAUUUAAGAUUAAAAAAAUGAAAAGAAAUUUUCAAUUAGAAAAAAAAAUAAAUAAUCUAAAUAGAUUGAUUAAGAAUAAGUAAAAAAUAAUAUAAUUUUAAUUAUAGUUAUACUUUCAACAAUAAUCACAUUAUUAACCACCAAUCUAAUAGCAUUCAAUUUCUUAUCAAUAAUAAGUAUAGAUGCAAAAUGGUUCAUUUGUAAAACCAAAAGUUUUUAGUAUAAAAUUGUAGCAUCCUCCAAAGGGAUAUAAAUUGUAAUCACUUCCUAUUUUAAUGUAAUAAAAUUAUACAAAAUAACGGUAAGAGUAAGGAGUAUGA